AUGAGUAAUAUUUUGUUCUUUUUCUGUUCUCUCUUUCACAGCCACACAAUGUUUUCCAAUGUCUCUCUGCCCAAUCAGAUGCUCAACUUUUCAAAGGAGAACCAGACAACUAUGAUGGGCAUCAAUGCCAUAGCGGACUAUGUCACCAUUAUCUUAUAUGCACUGACCGUUGUGCUCGGCAUCACAGGGAACUCUAUAGUGAUCUGGGUGGCUGGAUUCAAACUUAAGCUGAGUGUCACCAAUGUGUGGCUGGUGAAUCUGGCGAUAGCAGACCUGAUCUUCUGCUUCACACGAGUCUCCUCCCUCAUUCAGAUGCUCUUCUUCGACCACUGGCCUUUUGGCCUCUUUCUCUGCAAGUUCAAUGGCUUCUUCAAAUACACCAACAUGUUCUGCUCUGUCUUCCUGCUGGCUGUGAUUAGUCUGGAUCGAGUGCUCUGCAUCUGGCAGCCUGUCCUCACAAAGCGGCGGCGCACCCUGUGGGCAGCGAGGGUGGUGGCAGUCUGCGUCUGGAUCGCAGCGAUCCUUUUCAGCAUUCCCUACUUCAUUCAUCGCCAAAUGUACUUGGACAACAACAACCUGACUAAAUGUUCUGUGGACCCGAAAGAGAAGGCAGAGGGGUACAACAGCACCAAAGUAGCUCUCUACUCCAUCCGCUUCCUGUGUGGCUUCAUGUUUCCCUUCACAAUCAUUCUGAUCUGCUACACCUUGGCUGGGGUGGGAAUCCGACGCACCCGCCUGUCAGGAAAGUCCCGCCCUCUGCGUAUACUAGCCUGUUUGGUGAUUGCCUUUUUCCUGUGCUGGGCACCUUACCACUGCCUCUUACUGGUGAAGAUGGUGGACAAUGAAAAUGCAGUGGUGAAAAUCUGGUACCCUGUAGCAAAGGGUGUUGCUUACUUUAACAGCUGUGUGAACCCGCUAUUGUACUUCUGCAUGGGUCUAAAAGCGAGAGAGGGCUUCAGGCAGAGUGUAAUGAGAGUUUAUAAAAGAGCUCUGACAGAUGAUAUGGAUGGUCAGAUGACUCAGUCCACUGAUCGCUCUUUGGAUCAAAGCUCUGGUUUGAAACACAACACUGUUUUAGUGGCAGGAAGAAGUGGGUGUAGCUAA